ACUCCACUGGCUUCUUUGACAGGAGGUUUUGCCCAAGGUCGCAUUGCUAGUCUUCGACUCCACUGUACCACCCUGCGCGCAGCAAAGCAUGGAUGCUCAGGUGGGACCACUUUAAGGGACAUAAAGCGAUGGCUUGAUGAGCAGUUAUGAGCUACCAGAUCGAAUGGGAAUUAUGAUGAAACACGACAUACCAUCAGGGCCCUCAUGGAUCAAACGCAGCCCGUGCCAGGUCCUUCCAAAAGCCGCCGGUGAGACUUGGAAAUGGAGCAACAAAAGGGAGGGAGGCCGUAUAGUCAGGAAUGUACCUGCUCAUCGAUGGAGAAAGAAGCUGUUGGUCUAAGUCUUCCAUGAUUUCUGUCUUCACGAGGGAAGAUGAGAGACUGCUUGGGCACCAGCACUAGCACCAGGAAUCUCUGCACUGGUUAAAGCCAUCACCGCAACCUGGGCAGGCAGCACGGGCUCUGGGUUUGCAGAGAGCCGAAAUGACCAUGACUGCGAACAAGAAUUCCAGCAUCACCCACGGAGCUGGAGGCACUAAGGCCCCUCGAGGGACGCUGAGCAGGUCUCAGUCAGUCUCUCCACCUCCAGUUCUCUCCCCACCGAGGAGUCCCAUCUACCCACUCAGUGAUAGUGAAACAUCAGCCUGCAGGUACCCAAGCCGCUCCAGCUCCCGGCUGCUCCUCAAAGACUGGCACCCCCGUGACCCCUCACCCCCAAAGCCUCAAACUCCCUCCUCAGACACUUCACCACCUAUCUGUCCCCUCAAGGCCACCAGCUUUGGUUAUUUGGAUGAAAGCCCUUCAGUGUGCAAGAGAGAAGACCAGGAGAAUGUCCAUGGGGCAGCCCAGGAUGGCGAGGCAGUAGCUGCUUGCCUCCCCCUUGCCCAGAGCACUCCGUCCCUGGGACCUGCAGCUGGUCCACGGAGUGUCUUUCUGAACCGCACUGGCACCCGUGCCCACAGCCUGGGCAUCCGGGAGAAGAUUUCAGCAUGGGAGGGUCGCCGAGAUGCUUCGCCAAGGAUGAGCAUAUGUGGAGAGAAACGGGAAGGCUCUGGGGGCGAGUGGGUGGUCAGUGAGGGCUGCCCCAGUGUGGGCUGUCCCAGCGUGGUGCCAUCCCCCUGCAGCUCAGAAAAGACCUUCGAUUUCAAGGGCCUCCGGAGGAUGAGCAGGACCUUCUCCGAGUGUUCCUACCCUGAGACCGAGGAGGAGGGAGAGGCACUCCCUGUCCGGGACUCUUUCUACCGGCUAGAGAGACGGCCAGGCCGGAGUGAGCCCAGUGCCUUCCUCAAGGGGCUUGGCAGCAGGAAGGAGAGCUCAGCAGUGCUGAGUCGGAUCCAGAAAAUUGAACAGGCCCUGAAGGAGCAGCCAGGCCGGGGACUCCCCCAGCUCCCCAGCAGCUGCUACAGUGUAGACCGAGGGAGAAGGAAGCCUGGGACCUUGGGCACCUUGGAGGAACUGGCAGGGGGCACGAGUGUGACCGCUGGCAGCCGGGUGGGAGGCGUGGCCAGAGUUGGGGGGGAGGCAGGCCCACCCCCAGAGAAGGAAGGCAGUGGCUCUGCUAAGCCAGGGAUCCCUGGAAAUAGCCCGAGCUCUCACCUGCUGCCAUCGAAGAGCUCCCCUGAUCCCGCUGUGAACCCUGUCCCCAAACCCAAGCGCACCUUUGAAUAUGAGGCUGACAAGAACCCCAAGAGUAAGCCAAGCAAUGGUCUACCUCCUUCACCCACACCUGCUGCUCCACCCCCCCUGCCCUCCACCCCAGCCCCACCUGUCACGCGGAGACCCAAGAAGGAUAUACGUGGUCACCGCAAGUCCCAGAGCAGAAAAUCCUUUGAGUUUGAAGAUGCAUCCAGUCUCCAGUCCCUGUACCCCUCUUCUCCCACUGAAAAUGGUACUGAGAGCCAACCCAAGUUGGGAUCCAAAAGCACUUUAGAAGAGAAUGCCUAUGAAGAUGUUGUGGGAGAGCUGCCCAAGGAGAAUCCGUAUGAGGAUGUGGAAUUAAAGAGCCGAAGAGCAGGACGGAAAUCCCAGCAACUGUCUGAGAACUCCUUGGACUCUUUGCACAGGAUGUGGAGUCCUCAGGACAGGAAGUACAACAGCCCACCCUCUCAGCUCUCCCUGAAACCCAGCAGCCAGUCCCUGCGGAGUGGGAACUGGUCGGAAAGGAAAAGCCACCGGCUGCCACGACUACCCAAGAGACACAGCCAUGAUGACAUGCUGCUGCUGGCUCAGCUGAGCCUGCCAUCCUCACCCUCCAGCCUCAACGAGGACAGCCUCAGCACUACAAGUGAGCUGCUGUCCAGCCGCCGGGCCCGCCGCAUUCCCAAGCUUGUCCAAAGAAUUAACUCCAUCUACAAUGCCAAGAGGGGAAAGAAGAGGUUAAAAAAGCUGUCUAUGUCCAGCAUUGAGACAGCAUCCCUGAGAGAUGAGAAUAGUGAGAGCGAGAGCGACUCUGACGACAGGUUCAAAGCCCACACGCAGCGCCUAGUCCACAUCCAGUCGAUGCUGAAGCGUGCCCCCAGCUAUCGGACCCUGGAGCUGGAGCUGCUUGAGUGGCAGGAGCGGGAGCUUUUUGAGUACUUUGUGGUGGUGUCCCUCAAGAAGAAGCCAUCCCGAAACACCUACCUCCCUGAGGUCUCUUACCAGUUUCCCAAGCUGGACCGACCCACCAAGCAGAUGCGGGAGGCAGAGGAGAGGCUCAAGGCCAUUCCCCAGUUUUGCUUCCCUGAUGCCAAGGACUGGCUCCCUGUGUCAGAGUAUAGCAGUGAGACCUUUUCUUUCAUGCUGACUGGGGAAGACGGCAGCAGACGCUUCGGCUACUGCAGGCGCUUACUGCCAAGUGGGAAAGGGCCGCGGUUGCCAGAGGUAUACUGUGUCAUCAGCCGUCUUGGCUGCUUCGGCUUGUUUUCCAAGGUCCUAGAUGAGGUGGAGCGCCGGCGUGGGAUCUCUGCUGCGUUGGUCUAUCCCUUCAUGAGAAGUCUCAUGGAGUCGCCUUUCCCUGCCCCAGGGAAGACCAUCAGAGUGAAGACGUUCCUUCCAGGUGCAGGCAAUGAGGUGCUAGAGCUGCGGCGGCCCACAGAUUCCCGGCUGGAGCAUGUGGACUUUGAGUGCCUUUUUACCUGCCUCAGUGUGCGCCAGCUCAUCCGCAUCUUUGCCUCACUGCUGCUGGAGCGCCGGGUCAUUUUUGUGGCAGAUAAGCUCAGUACCCUCUCCAGCUGCUCCCAUGCGGUGGUGGCCCUGCUGUAUCCCUUCUCCUGGCAGCACACCUUCAUUCCUGUCCUCCCGGCCUCCAUGAUUGACAUCGUGUGCUGUCCCACCCCCUUCCUGGUUGGCCUGCUCUCCAGCUCCCUGCCCAAACUGAAGGAGCUACCUGUGGAGGAGGCACUGAUGGUGAAUCUGGGAUCUGACCGAUUCAUCCGACAGAUGGAUGACGAGGACACGUUGUUACCUAGGAAGUUGCAGGCAGCUCUGGAGCAGGCUCUAGAAAGGAAGAAUGAACUGAUCUCCCAGGACUCUGACAGUGACUCCGAUGAUGAAUGUAAUACCCUCAAUGGGCUGGUAUCAGAGGUGUUCAUCCGGUUCUUUGUGGAGACUGUUGGGCACUACUCCCUUUUCCUGACCCAGAGUGAGAAGGGAGAGAGAGCCUUUCAGCGAGAAGCUUUCCGCAAGUCUGUGGCCUCCAAGAGCAUCCGUCGUUUUCUUGAGGUUUUUAUGGAGUCUCAGAUGUUUGCUGGCUUCAUCCAAGACAGGGAGCUAAGAAAGUGUCGGGCAAAGGGCCUCUUUGAGCUGCGAGUGGAGCAGUAUUUAGAGGAACUCCCCGACACUGAGCAGAGUGGAAUGAAUAAGUUCCUCCGAGGUUUGGCCGAAGCGGGGCCUGAAGGACUGCAAAGCUGGCAGAGACCUCCGCCCUGAAGGUUGCUGACAGCCCACGUGGACCAGGACCCGAAUUAAACCUCUCGCCUCCGGCGGAAGCUUCCCCGUCGCGCGACACAGGCCGACGCCGGUCUCUACCGGAAAUGGUUGAAAGAGGCGGGGUCUGCACCGGCUGUGGGGGUGGUGGGAGACCGUAACCCCGGAGCCAAACCCUCACACGCUCCGGAAGUGGCUCUUAAGGGAGGAGCCGAGACGCCUAACGCCGCGCAAACCUGGGACAAGCUCGCAGGGGUGGAGCUGCCGGAACCCCUAAGCCUCCCGCCUUCUAGCGUAGACCGAUGCUGCACAUCAACCGCGGGUGGUGCGCGCCUUUACGCUUUUCGUUCCAGGGCUGGGCUGCUCUUGGGCUAGCCAUCGAAUAGGUCUACCUUUAAGUCGGAAACUUAAAUCCGACUUAGCUAAUUUUGCAAAUUAGAGGCAGACAGACAUUCCUCCUAAGUCAUAAGCUAUAGCUGCAGCUCCGACGUCCAUGUAUAAAUACACAGGCCUGAAAUUAUAAUCUUAGCAAUUUAAGCUUACAUAAAAACCUAAUGUGCCAAGCAAUACCAUUUUUCACCACCGUCUUGGAGGUAGGUGAAUAAAAGGUUGAAGACUGAGUGAGUAGGGCACUUGAUAAAAGCUCUGCUUCUCAUAUAUGGGAGGACCUUGCUAAUAACCCUGUGUACUUGCUGGCCAUCGCAAAGACAGUGGCAGUACAGGGACUUUGUGAACAAAACAGGCUAGACAAAGCCUGGCCAUCUCAUUAAGUUUCCAAUGCAUAGGCUGUGUUUUGCAUUUCAGCACUGGUAUCUUUCACUCUCAACUGCAACAUAAAGCUGAAUGAAUGCAAUGUUUGCCUUUGGUUCCAUAUUAACAAGCCAAGUGGUCACUAAGUUUGUGUUCAUUUAUUUGGGCUUUUCACUAGUCACCCAUCUUCCUUCAGCAAUGGAUCACUUGGAAAGGAAUCAGCGUCUGUCCUAUUACCUGUAGAUAAUGGUGAGAAAGCUGGAACAAGGCAGCUCAAUAUAGAUCAGUUGCUGCCCUUUCCCAGGCCAGAUGGAAUAGCAUGAUUAUCUGGGCUGUCUUCUCUAUUUAGAAUGGCUAUACAAGUGACUUUCACAUUUAAGCAUGACCAUUUGCAGCUCUAUAGUGGAUUGGAGUGAAUAUUAUCCCAACGAACCCCUGUCCUGUUUUGGGACAGUUGUGCAUGCUACCACAGG